AUGAUUCGUCAAGGCUGUCUGCUCUUCCUCGUGGGCAUGUUCGCGUCAAUGGCGUCAGCUUUGCCGCCGUGCGUCUGCCCUAAAGACAUGAAACCAGUUUGCGGUUCAGACGGCCAGACUUAUAACAACGAAUGUCUGCUGAAUUGCCAGAAAAUUGAGAACCCAGAUCUCGUCUUGGACAAAGUCGGAAGCUGCGAAGAAAAAUCCAGUGGAUGUUUCUGUACAUUCGAAUAUUCACCCAUCUGUGGCAGCGAUGGCCGGACUUAUGCGAAUGAUUGCGAAUUCGACUGCGAGGCAGGCGACGCUAAACAAAUGUACAGAGGAGAGUGCAGGCAGAAACGGGAGGCGCCGCUAGUCGUGGAAAUACCGGACUGCGUGUGUACCAGAGAGGCUAAACCUGUAUGUGGAACAGAUGGACACACGUACAAUAACCCGUGUAUGUUGAACUGUGCUAAAGACGUAUUAGAAGAUCUCCACGUUUUCCACGAGGGUCCCUGUAAGAUUGAGGGUAAAAAAUUUGAUCCCCAAGUCCCUGAUUGCGCGUGUACCAGGAACCUACAGCCAGUGUGCGCUUCUAACGGCGUUACAUACAAUAAUGAAUGUCUCAUGAGAUGCGCUGGCGAAGACCUUGUUGUACAGAAAGACGAACCCUGUGAUGACUAA